CCCGGCAAAUCGCACAAAACAACCACCGCCGCUCCUCCAAUCCCACAUUCGCUCGCAGCUCGAACCAAGGAGAGACCGUCAGCCAUGUCCGGGCGCGGCAAGGGAGGCAAGGGGCUCGGCAAGGGCGGCGCCAAGCGCCACCGGAAGGUGCUGCGCGACAACAUCCAGGGCAUCACCAAGCCGGCGAUCCGGAGGCUCGCUCGGAGGGGCGGCGUGAAGCGCAUCUCGGGGCUCAUCUACGAGGAGACCCGCGGCGUGCUCAAGAUCUUCCUCGAGAACGUCAUCCGCGACGCCGUCACCUACACCGAGCACGCCCGCCGCAAGACCGUCACCGCCAUGGACGUCGUCUACGCCCUCAAGCGCCAGGGCCGCACCCUCUACGGCUUCGGCGAACAGCAGUGCAGCAAAUCACAGCAAUAUUUGAACAAAAUAAAGGAGGAAACACAGAACGCUGGCGCCUCAAUUCGAGAAUCGGCCUGCCACCCCAGCAAUCGGCUCCUCUCGCCACGUCAGCGAUCCGCGGCAUCUCUCUCGCGGAUCCCCAUCAUGACCGUCCACUGCAUCCGCAUCGAACGGCAGGCACGCGCCUCCUCCGACCUCUCGUCCCCGUUAAAAUCCCCUUCGCCCCUUCUUCCAAUCCCCGCACCAAUCACCACCACUCCUCCAAUCCGACAAUUUCUCGCAGCUCGAACCAAGGCGAGUUCGUCGGCGACCAUGUCCGGGCGCGGCAAGGGAGGCAAGGGGCUCGGCAAGGGCGGCGCCAAGCGCCACAGGAAGGUGCUCCGCGACAACAUCCAGGGCAUCACCAAGCCGGCGAUCCGGCGCCUCGCUCGGAGGGGCGGCGUGAAGCGCAUCUCGGGGCUCAUCUACGAGGAGACCCGCGGCGUCCUCAAGAUCUUCCUCGAGAACGUCAUCCGCGACGCCGUCACCUACACCGAGCACGCACGCCGCAAGACCGUCACCGCCAUGGACGUCGUCUACGCGCUCAAGCGCCAGGGCCGCACCCUCUACGGCUUCGGCGGAUAGGCCCCUCGUGGUCGUCAAUCUUCGUUGCCCCCCUGCAGAUUCCUAAAGCUCGAUGAGAACCUGACUUGUUUAGUUCGCUAUUUCCCCUGUAGUUCCAAGUGAAUCAUGAAACAAAGCUAUUCGCAUCUGGAGUUUGGAAAUUGUACUUGUCUUUGUGCAAAUAAACUGUUUGUGAUUU